GGAGGAGGAGGAGGGGGAGAAACACUGCGGGUGCGCGUGGGGUGGCCUCUCCAUCCCGGUGAACACCUUUCCGGGCAUCGGGGCGCGCGCUCGGAACGCUCGCAACGAUGAUGGACGGCUGGUUGCUGCCGCUGCUGCUGGCUCUCCUCGCCAUUGCGGGAGGCGGCCUUGGGGCAGACACAGAGGAGCGCUUGGUGGAGCAUCUCCUAAAUCCAGCCCACUACAACAAACUGAUCCGUCCUGCGACGAAUGGCUCGGAGCUGGUUACCGUGCAGCUGAUGGUGUCGCUGGCCCAGCUCAUCAGCGUGCAUGAAAGAGAGCAGGUGAUGACCACCAACGUCUGGCUGACACAGGAGUGGCAGGACUACCGUCUGACCUGGAUCCCCGAGGAGUUUGACGGGAUGAUGAAGGUCAGGCUGCCCUCGAAACACAUCUGGCUGCCCGACGUGGUGCUGUACAACAAUGCCGACGGGGUGUACGAGGUGUCGUUCUACUCCAACGCCGUGGUGUCGUACGACGGCAGCAUCUUCUGGUUGCCGCCGGCCAUCUACAAGUCGGCCUGUAAGAUCGAGGUGAAGCACUUCCCCUUCGACCAGCAGAACUGCACCCUGCGCUUCCGCUCCUGGACCUACGACCGCACCGAGAUCGACCUGGUGCUGCGCGCCGACGUGGCCAGCAUGGACGACUUCACGCCCAGCGGGGAGUGGGACAUCAUCGCCCUGCCGGGCAGGCGCAACGAGAACCCGGCCGACCCCACCUACGUGGACAUCACGUACGACUUCAUCAUCCGCAGGAAGCCCCUUUUCUACACCAUCAACCUCAUCAUCCCCUGCGUGCUCAUCACCUCGCUGGCCAUCCUGGUGUUCUACCUGCCGUCCGACUGCGGCGAGAAGAUGACGCUCUGCAUCUCCGUGCUGCUGGCGCUCACCGUGUUCCUGCUGCUGAUCUCCAAGAUCGUGCCCCCGACCUCGCUGGACGUCCCUCUGGUGGGGAAGUACCUGAUGUUCACCAUGGUCCUGGUCACGUUCUCCAUCGUCACCAGCGUGUGCGUGCUGAACGUGCACCACCGCUCGCCCACGACACACACCAUGCCCCCCUGGGUCAAACUGGUGUUCCUCAACAAGCUGCCCGCCCUACUCUUCAUGCGCCAGCCGAGGAACAGCUGCGAGCGCCAGCGGCUGCGCCAGAGACGGAGAGCGCAGGAGCAGAAGGACGGCGGGCGGGGCGGGGAGGCGGGGGCCCUGAUGGUGGGACUCGGGCUGGGCGGUGCCGGCGGGAACGGCGGAGCCACCUCCACGGCGGUGUUUGGCAAGGAGGACAGCGAUCCUUGUACGUGCUACGUCAACCGGGCCUCCGUCAAACAGUUCGGAGGGGAUCUCGGAGGGGCGGGAGGGGGGUCCAUGGAUGGUCUGAACAGGGUGAGGGAGAGCCGGGAGGGGGGCUCGGGAAACCUGCCCCGGGGCAAACAAGCAGCAGCGGGAGGCCCUGCUUUGACUCAGGCCCUGCUGGCUCAGGCCUGUCCGGGCUUCGAGGAGGCAGUGGAAGGAGUACGCUUCAUCGCCAACCACAUGAAGAGUGAAGACGAUGACCAGAGCGUGAGCGAGGACUGGAAGUAUGUUGCCAUGGUGAUCGACCGCCUCUUCCUGUGGAUCUUUGUGUUUGUGUGCGUGUUCGGCACGCUGGGCAUGUUCCUGCAGCCGCUCUUCCAGAAUUACACGGCCAAGACCAUCACCAGCUCGCCGGGCUGACCCCCCCCCCACUCCCAGCCAUGAACACGCUGACAGACAGCUCCCCGACCAAUCAGCACAGCAGGACGAGGGGCCGGAGGCGGGGGUUGGGGUGGGGGUCCGGGUUUUAUUGUGUCCAAGCAACUAGAACCAGGACUGGUACUGAACAGCGAUCACGUCCAUUACCUUUAUAGUAACGUUUUUUGCAACAAACAAACCGUUUUUUCUUGUAUGAAGACGAAGGAAAGCACCA